AUGCAGAGCACUCCAGUAAAUAUCAUUGUAGGUUCUCAUGUGUGGAUUGAGGAUCAAAACAUUGCUUGGAUUGAUGGACAAGUAUCACAGAUUAAUGGACAGGAUGUUCAGGUCCAGACAUCUGAUGGGAGGACGGUUACAGUGAAUUUAUCAAAAAUAUAUCCUAAAGAUGAAGAUGCUCCUCCUGGUGGGGUUGAUGACAUGACCAAGUUAUCAUAUUUGCAUGAGCCUGGUGUCUUGCAGAAUUUGGCUACAAGAUAUCAACUCAAUGAAAUCUACACUUAUACUGGAAGUAUUCUCAUUGCCAUCAAUCCAUUCCAAAAGUUGCCUCAUUUAUAUGAUCGCCACAUGAUGGAACAAUACAAGGGAGCACCGCUUGGCGAAUUAAGUCCUCAUGUCUUUGCUAUUGCUGAUGCUGCUUACAGGCAAAUGAUAAAUGAAGGUAAAAGCAAUUCCAUAUUGGUCAGCGGUGAAAGUGGGGCUGGUAAGACUGAAACUACGAAAAUGCUUAUGCAAUAUCUUGCUUAUUUGGGUGGCCGUAGAAGCACUGAAGGUCGAACUGUCGAGCAGCAAGUUCUAGAGUCAAAUCCAGUACUUGAAGCAUUUGGCAAUGCCAAAACAGUUAGAAAUAACAAUUCAAGUCGUUUUGGUAAAUUUGUGGAGAUUCAGUUUGACAAAAAUGGAAGGAUAUCUGGUGCCGCUAUUAGAACUUACCUCCUUGAAAGAUCUCGUGUUUGCCAAGUUUCAGAUCCUGAACGCAACUAUCAUUGUUUCUACCUUCUCUGUGCAGCACCUCCGGAGGAGGUGGAAAAGUACAAGUUGGGGGAUCCUAAAUCAUUUCACUAUCUUAAUCAAUCAAGUUGCUAUAAUCUAGUAGGUGUAAGUGAUGCUCAAGAUUAUCUUGCAACAAGGAGGGCCAUGGAUAUUGUUGGCAUUAGUGAGAAAGAGCAGGAAGCAAUUUUUAGAGUAGUGGCUUCUGUCCUUCAUCUUGGUAAUCUUCAGUUUGCAAAGGGCAAAGAAAUUGAUUCAUCAGUUUUAAAAGAUGACAAAUCUAAGUUCCAUCUUCAGACUGUCGCAGAGCUUCUGAUGUGUGAUCUUAAGGAUUUGGAAGAUGCACUAUUGAAACGUGUAAUGGUCACACCUGAAGAAGUAAUAAAGAGAUGUCUUGAUCCUGAUGCUGCUACAGUUAGUAGAGAUGGUCUUGCUAAAACGAUAUAUUCUCGCUUAUUUGACUGGUUGGUGGACAAAAUAAAUAACUCGAUCGGUCAAGAUGCAAACUCAAAAUCUCUAAUUGGUGUUCUUGACAUUUAUGGUUUUGAAAGUUUUAAAACUAAUAGUUUUGAACAAUUUUGCAUUAAUUUCACAAAUGAGAAGCUGCAGCAACACUUUAACCAGCACGUGUUCAAGAUGGAACAGGAGGAAUACACUAGAGAAGAGAUCGAUUGGAGCUACAUAGAAUUUGUGGACAAUCAGGAUGUUCUGGAUCUUAUUGAAAAGAAACCUGGAGGUAUCAUCGCUCUUCUUGAUGAAGCCUGUAUGUUCCCCAAGUCAACUCAUGAAACAUUCUCUCAAAAGCUGUAUCAGACAUUCAAGGCCCACAAACGAUUUAUCAAACCGAAACUGUCUCGCACUAAUUUUACCAUUGCUCAUUAUGCUGGAGAGGUUCUAUACCAGUCUGAUCUAUUUUUGGAUAAGAACAAAGAUUAUGUUGUUCCUGAGCAUCAAGAUUUGUUAAGUGCUUCCAAAUGCUCAUUUGUGGCUGGCCUCUUCCCUCCUGUUCCUGAGGAGACAACUAAAUCAUCCAAAUCAUCAAAGUUCUCAUCCAUCGGUUCUCGUUUUAAGUUACAACUUACAUCAUUGAUGGAAACUCUGAAUUCUACGGAACCUCAUUACAUCAGAUGCGUGAAGCCUAACAAUCAAUUAAAACCUGCAAUUUUUGAGAAUGUUAACAUUUUGCAGCAACUACGUUGUGGUGGUGUUCUAGAAGCAAUUAGAAUUAGCUGUGCUGGCUACCCUACCCGUAAGACAUUCUUCGAGUUUCUGAACCGAUUUGGUCUUCUUGCUCCAGAGGUCUUGGAAGGGCAUGCCGAUGAAAAAGUUGCGUGCAAAAAGAUUCUGGAAAAUAUGGGGCUUGCUGGUGCUCAGAUUGGAAAAACAAAAGUUUUUCUCAGAGCUGGUCAGAUGGCUGAGCUGGAUGCACGCAGAGCACAGAAGCUAGCCCAUGCAGCUAAGACAAUCCAAAGGAAAAUUAGAACUCAUAUCGCUAGGAAAUACUUUCUUGCAUUGCAGCAGGCUGCAAUUUGCUUACAAUCCUCAUGCCGAGGAAGGCUUGCUUGCAAAGUGUAUGACAAUAUGAAAAGAGAAGCUGCUUCUAUCAGAAUCCAGACAAAAUUGCGUGGACACUUGGCCCGAAAGUCCUAUAAAGGACUCAAAAUUAAUGUCAUUGCUCUUCAGACAGGAAUCCGAGCAAGAGCUGCACGAAAGGAAUUCAGAUAUAAAAGACAAACCAAAGCAGCAAUUAAAAUACAAGCACAUUGGCAUGGUCACAGAGCCUCUUCAUACUACAAGAAACUCAUAAUUGCAUCAAUUGUGACACAAUGUAGAUGGAGGGGAAGGGUUGCAAAGAAAGAGCUUCGGAAACUAAAGAUGGCUUCAAGAGAAACAGGCGCACUAAAAGAAGCAAAGGAUAAGCUUGAAAAGCAGGUUGAAGAACUUACAUGGCGUCUGCAGUUGGAGAAACGUUUAAGGACGGACUUGGAAGAAGCAAAGGGCCAGGAAAUAACAAAGCUGAAGAAUUCCUUGGAAGAUGCGCAAAGCAAAGUGGAACAAACGAAUGCACUGCUCAUCAAGGAACGUGAGACUGCUCAGAAAGCAAUUGAAGAAGCAACCUCUAUCGUGGAAGAGAAGCCGGUUCUUGUUGAGGAUACGGAAAAGAUUGAUGCUUUAAAUGCAGAAGUGGAAAACUUAAAGCUGUCAUUGCAAUCUGAAAAGCAACGUGCUGAUGAUUCUGAAAGCAAGCAUGCUGAAGCUCAAGAAGCAAUAGAAGAAAAGCACAAGAAGUUGGAAGAAACUGAAAGAAAAGUCCAACAACUUCAGGAAUCAAUGAGCAGGCUCGAAGAAAAGCUCACCAACUUAGAGGGUGAAAAUAAAGUACUUCGCCAGCAGGCUCUGACAAUGGCACAGAACAAUAAAUUGCUGUCUGGACGGUCAAGAUCAAGUAUUCAGAGGACUGAGAGCAGCACAAGGAGUAGUAGCGUAGAUCUGCAUAGCACUUCAUUUUCAAGGGGGGAGAAUACUGAGGUGGAGGGAAGACCACAGAAAUCACUUAAUGAUAAACAACAGGAGUAUCAGGACUUGCUCAUCCGGUGUAUUGCACAGCACCUUGGCUUCUCUAAGGGCAGACCUGUUGCUGCCUGCAUUAUCUAUAAGUGCCUGAGGCAGUGGCGGUCAUUUGAAGUAGAGAGAACCAGUAUCUUUGACAGGGUAAUACAAACCAUUGGCCAAGCUAUUGAGACUCAGGACAACAAUGAUAUGUUAGCCUAUUGGCUAUCCAAUGCAUCCACUCUGUUGCUGCUGCUGCAGUGUACAUUAAAAGCUGGUGGUUCUGCUGGCAUUACCCCACAGCACAGGCGAUCAACAUCAGCCUCUCUAUUUGGGAGAAUGACACAGAGCUUUCGUGGAACCCCUCAAGGUGUCAAUCUUUCUCUCAUUGAUGGUGAUUCGUCUGGUGGAGUGGAUACCUUGCGCCAAGUUGAGGCCAAAUAUCCUGCUUUGUUGUUUAAACAGCAGCUAACAGCAUAUGUAGAAAAGAUUUAUGGAAUGAUCCGUGAUAAUCUUAAGAAAGAGAUUUCUCCACUCCUGGGAUUGUGCAUUCAGGCACCAAGAAUAUCCAGAGCAAGUUUACUUAAAGGGUCAACAGCACGUACACUUGCAAAUGCUGCUGCUCAGGAAAUUUUGAUAGCUCACUGGCAAGGAAUUGUCAAGAGCCUGGCUAACUUUUUGAACUUAUUGAAAGCCAAUCAUGUGCCUCCAUUUCUUGUGCGCAAAGUAUUUACCCAAGUCUUUUCUUUCAUCAAUGUCCAAUUAUUUAACAGCCUUUUGCUGAGAAGAGAAUGCUGUUCAUUUAGCAACGGUGAAUAUGUCAAAACUGGCUUGGCGGAACUGGAACACUGGUGCUACAAAGCAACUGAUGAGUAUGCAGGAUUAGCUUGGGAGGAGCUCAAGCACAUAAGACAGGCAAUCGGAUUUUUGGUCAUACACCAGAAGCCAAAGAAGACAUUGGAUGAAAUAAGUCAUGAUCUAUGUCCUGUGCUUAGCAUUCAACAACUUUACAGAAUCAGCACAAUGUAUUGGGACGACAAAUAUGGGACGCAUAGCCUUUCACCAGAUGUUAUAUCCAAUAUGCGUGUAUUAAUGACUGAAGACUCUAACAAUGCAGUCAGCAAUUCUUUUUUGCUUGACGAUGAUUCGAGCAUACCGUUCUCAAUUGAUGAGCUCUCUAAAUCAAUGGAUCAGAUUGAUAUUGCAGACAUUGAGCCACCCCCACUUAUUCGGGAAAAUUCAGGCUUCAGUUUCUUAUUGCCACGUGCAGACUAAUCGAUCUCAAAUCAGACUUCAGUCCUAUGAACUUGGCAUGGAGGAGUAUGAAUGUGUUGCUCAGCUCAGGCUCACAAAAGGAACAGAAGCGCCAGUAAUUGCGUGCAGCCAUUGGGGUGUACUAUGAGGGCGGCGGUGAAGAACUUUACAUAUAGUUGAACAAUUUUUGAAAAAUACAUAUCUAUACUAAAUUUGUGUCCACUGCUGCAAAGUAAGAGUGAAUGCAGUGAUACCUCUAUGCUAGUAAGAGGAAUCUACCCGUAAUACAUGAACAGGUGCCCGUUGCUUUUGUACUAAUCAACUAUAUGCAAUACAGAAUAGAAGAUCUUCAAUCUUCAUGCUCAUGUAUGUUUGGAACAUUUUGAGGGGAGUUUUGAGUUGUUGAUUUUUUUUUCCAACUUUCAUAUCAAUUAUGGAGAGAGAUUGAAAUGUCUUGUCAUGCAUAGCGGCGCGAAUUAUUGCUUAAAAUAAA